UCACCCUUGUCUCCCUGCAGUUUGCGGUCUGCCCUGUCCAGGGAAAACAGUAGGAGGUGGAGUUUAAACUAUGGCUUUGGCAUACAGCAUUUCCCAAAGCGUUGUCUACAAGUGCAAGCCUCUAGAAGUAGUGAAAAUCAAGCUAUCUUCAGAGGCAGAUGACAGAAAACAAAGUAAAAUGGUAUCUGAAAUCCAAGCAAAGAAGCGAUGCUUGAGGUGCAAAACCCUUUACCUGGACACAGAUAAUUCCCCUACCGCAUGCUCCUUCCACGGCCAUGCCACUGGAGAGAAAGGAUUAUUUGCAUUGGCUCCUCCACACCAAGGGAUCGAUGGUGACUGGACUGACCGCUCUGGAGUCAUUGUGUACAAAUGGAAUGAAAAGAAUGAUAGACCAAACACUGGACGUGCCAAUUGGAAGAAAAGAUGGAGCUGCUGUCAAGAGUAUGAUGAAAAUGCACCACCUUGUAGCCGUGGGUGGCAUGUCUCAUAUGAUGAUGGCUUCACUUUGUAUUAGAUACCAUUAUUUUUAACGUAAUACCACAUUGUAAAUUCAACAGCAUUUCAACUCGUGACAACUAGUGCUUGGGCUACUGCUCUGCAUCUCAUUGUUGGUAUCGCCCAGAUUUUGGUUUUGAUAGAAUUUAACUUGUGCAGAUGGACCUUCUUCCUGCUUAUUAUGUUCAUCUUAGCUACAUUGAGUUUUAAAAUGACAGACCACCUUUGAUGUACUGUUGUUAGAGCAGAUGUUCAAUUCUUUCUUAGCCGUGCA